AUGGCAAAGACUCACCUUACUCCUAAGAAAAUUCACUCAACUAAGAAAGCUCCCCGUAAAGUUGCACUGAACACCGCAACUAUGCGCGACAAAAACCUAUGUAAAGAACUAGAAAAUCUGAUGAAGGAGGAACUUUCCAGUGAAAUCUUAGAUGGAGCAGCCUGUGCCGAAGACAUGUGGCAGGUCACAAAGAGAAGAUCCUGUCGAAUUAUCCAUAUACAAGGCAGCGAAAGCAAAAGAACACAAGAGGUUGCUUUACAUCCUGAGGCACUGACCACUCUUACUCCUCGACCUCCGGUGACUGAACUCGACGACCCUCCAACGGGUGAAGAAUUCCUUCUUGCUAUCCGAAACCUGACGUUAAGCAAGAGCACAGGUCCUGACAACUUACCAGCUGAAUUAGUGCGACUUGGCUGUGUUUCAUCUCCCCUGUACGUUCUAUUGCAGCGCUGCUGGUAUGAGGAAGCCAUACCUCAAGACAUGAAGGAUUCCGAGAUAGUUACCUUGUAUAAGGGCAAAGGAGACAGAGAUGAGUGUAACAAUUACAGGGGUAUAUCUCUACUGAAUAUUGCGGGAAAGGCAUUUGCGAAGGUUGUUUUGAGAAGACUAGACAUGUUAGCCGCUCGGAUCUAUCCAAAAACACAAUGUGGGUUCAGAACUGGCCGAUCUACCACUGAUAUGAUUUUUACCCUACGUCAACUGCAGGAGAAAUGUCGAGAACACCAAGGAUGGGCUGUACGAGGUACUAAACAAAAUAGGGUGCCCUCCAAAGCUUUUAAACAUCAUACCACGACAUCAUGCCACGACAACAUGAGAGGCUCUGACAUAUUUGAUGGAGAAAGAUCAACGCCUUUCGAUGUUAACCGCGGAGUCAGGCAAGGCUGUGUACUAGCUCCUACCCUCUUUGGGAUUUUUCUAUCAGCGCUCCUCUUGACUGCAUUUGAGGGUUGUAGCGCCGGAGUACAUCUGCACACAAGAAAGGACGGAAGAUCGUACAACAUUAAUCUACUGAAGUCCGAAAAUAAGCGUCUGGAUCUAGUUGCCAGAGAACUCCUGUAUGGAGGUGAUGCUGCACUAGUCGCAAACUCUGAAAGCGAAUUACAAGAAUUGGUGACGAGAUAUGGUAACACCUGUCAUCUGUUUUCUAUGAGCAUAAACACCAAGAAAACCGUCAUUAUGGUUCAGGACGUGAGUCAGCCUCCUGAAAUUACACUCGACGGCACCAUCCUUGAUGUAGUGGAACACUACUACUAUCUUGGUUCCACCACCACCUCGUCACUCUCAAGUGACAGGAAGAUAGAUGUCCGGAUUGACAGAGCAUUGACCGCUUUUGGCCUCGACACAGACCACUUCCUGGUCAUAGCCCGAAUGCGUGACCUCUUUAAAUGGUGGCAACACCGAAGGGUCGAGCCUACGAGUGUUUUGGACAGAGUAAAAGUGGAAAACCUACAAGAAAAGAACGACGAGUAUGUAGAGAAACUGAAAGAAAGUUUUAAAGGCAUAGAAGAAAUAGGUGUGAUUGAAGAUUUGUGGGAGACAUUUAAGGAAGGGGUCGUGAAUGUUGCUAUUGAGUGUAAAUUAUCCACGGCCGACUAUCUGCUUUGUAAUGAUGUAAGCGCGUCUUCAAACUCCUAUUUUUCGGAUAUGCAACCAACAUCUAUGAGCCUAAUGGUCCUUUCAAAUGCUUUAAAGUUAGUCUCCUGUUUUCGUAAAAGAUUACGCAAGUUUAAACUCAAAGUAGACCCUGAAUCCUCCUCAUGA